AUGGAAAACGAUAUUCUAGAUAUUUUAGAGGACCUAGGUUAUAAAGGAGAGUUGUUGGUAGGUACAAACUUAGAGGAAGCCGUGAAUGAUGGAGUUAAAAAUAAAGAAUUUACUAAAUUAGUUGAAUGGAUUUGCAAAGAAUUAAAAUUUCUUUGCAAGUUAGAAGAAACUGUUAACUCAAUUGACUCUGAAGAUGAAAGCAGUUCUUUUCUCUUAGAAUUGAGUAGUUUUUUGAAGGAAUUAGGUUGUUGUUAUACUUCACUACUCGAGGGCCAUUUAAGCGAAAGACUUAAUAGUAAACAAAAAAGAUUACUAUUAUUGGAUUACUUACUUACUGAAUUAAUGGCUGCUAGAAUGAUAAGAAGUAAUAAACCACAUUUAAAUAAAGGACUUGAACUUAAGUUGUUGAAAGAAAUUUUAAAAACAGUUCCUUCUGAAUUAUUGGGGAAACCAUUAUUUAUUGGAAAGUUGUCUGAUAAGCAGUGGCAUACUUUAGGAGAUAUACAAAGUGAGCUUCAUAAGGAAUAUUGUAUAAGAAGGGAAUUAUUACUCAAAAGAUUAGAUGUGACUAUACAGUCAUUUCAAUGGUCUGAAAGUGCAAAAAAUAAUGAAAAUGAAAUUAUUAAAAAAUUUAAUAGUCACAGAUCAAAAAUGGUUGUCGAACCUGAUAUAACUCUAGCUGAUCUUUUAGCUGCUAGACAUGAUUUAGCAAUUAUCGAAAAAACAAGUAAUGCAUCAGUAAGAAAAAAUACACAAAGUUCUGUUAAUAAAGUUAUUAUUGGAAGAGUACCAGAUAGAGGAGGUAGACCUAGUGAACAAGAAGCACCUCCUCCAGAAAUGCCUAGUUGGCAAAAAGAAAGGGCGCCUGAAGCUAAAAGAGGGAGAGGAGGGGGUGGAGGAGGAAAUAGAGGUAGGGGAGGGAGAGUUCAAGGUGGUUGGAAUCAAGGAAAUCAUUAUUCUGAUCAAGGGAACUAUCAGGGCAAUAGAGAUCAAUAUCAAGACAAUCGAGGUGGUUUUAGUAAUAACAGGGGUAAUUAUCAAAAUAAUCGAGGAGGAUACAGAGAUCAAAGAAAUCGUUAUGCCGGAGGAAACAGAAGAGAUUAA